AUGGGGAUAGAUCGGCGGAGGAGAGCAACGCUGGCUCUUGGGCUCAACUUCGUGGCAUUGUUUCUGGCCGUGUCCGCGCUGACCACGAGCUACUGGUGCGAGGGCACGCGGAAGGUGGUGAAGCCCUUCUGCACGGGACCCGUCACCACGCGUCAAGCGUUCUGCAUCCGCUUCAACAGCUCCAACCUCAACGACUCGCGCCUGGUGCAGUACAUCUGGGAGUCCGGGGAGGACAAGUACGUGAUGAGGAAGUUCCACACCGGGAUCUGGUUCUCCUGCGAGCAGAACAUCAACAUGACGGGUGAGAACUGUCGCAGCUUCAUUUACGUGGCUCCAGAAAACGAACGAGGAGUGCUGUGGCUGUGCAUCGUGGCAGAGUGCCUGUACAUCCUCCUCCUCUCCACUGGGGGCAUCCUCAUGUCCAUAGAGGUGUGUCAUAUCGGGAACGUGAUAGAUGGCCUCAAGCUCAACGCCUUUGCAGCAAUCUUCACCGUGCUCUCCGGGCUGCUGGGGAUGGUGGCCCACAUGAUGUUCACUACUGCCUUCCAGCUCACCGUGAGCCUGGGCCCAGAGGACUGGAAGCCUCAGACCUGGGACUACAGCUGGUCCUACAUCCUGGCCUGGAGCUCCUUCACCGCCUGCAUGGCCUCCUCCGUCACCACCAUCAACCGCUACACCAAGACCAUCCUGGAGUUCAAGCACAAGCGGAGGAACAUCGAGAAGAACCUGAAGAUCAAGCAGAAGCUGCUGGAGCUGGACUCUCCUCAGCAGCUGUGGGACAUGUACGUGAGCACUGUCCCCAGCGGCACGGCCGAAGAACUGCUGGACCUGUCCUCCGGCACACGCAGACUUUCCAACGCCUCCAUGUUCUUAGACCUGAGUGACCUGCCCGAGCACACACACUCCCACGGCUACUGCUGA